AAAAAAAAGAAAAAAAAAAAAAUUCAAAAUUGAAUGUUUGGAAAGACGCGCAAAGUAAAAUGGCAGAUGAGAUGGUGGCGCUCUUUCUUCUUCUUCUUCUUCUUCUUCUUCCCUAGAUCGUCUGCUUCUCUUACUCGCUUCCACGGCCAAGAACCAUGGAAAACGAUUGCACGGCUGUGGAGAUCAAUGGCCUUCCCACCUACGAUGGAAGGUACAUCCUCUACAACGUUCUCGGCAACUUAUUUGAGGUCUCCGCCAAGUACUCCCCUUCAAUUCAGCCUGUUGGACGCGGUGCUUACGCCAUUGUUUGGUACUCGACGAAUUCGGAGACGAAAGAUGAGGUUGCGAUAAAGAAGAUAGGGAAUGCUUUUGAUAACUGGGUUGAUACCAAGAGAACUCUUCGUGAGAUUAAACUUCUAUGCCAUAUGGACCAUGAAAAUAUUAUAAAGAUCAAAGAUAUAAUUCCUCCACCAGAAAAGGAAAAAUUCAAUGAUGUGUAUAUUGUGUAUGUAUUAAUGGACACUGACCUGCAUCAGAUCAUUUGCUCUAGCCAAGCUCUAACAGACGAUCACUGUCAGUACUUCUUAUACCAGUUACUACGAGGUUUGAAGUAUUUACACUCUGCAAAUGUCUUGCACCGAGAUCUAAAACCAGGCAAUCUGCUUCUCAAUGCAAAUUGCGACCUCAAGAUUUGUGAUUUUGGAUUAGCAAGAACAACAUCAGAGACGGAUUUUAUGACAGAAUAUGUUGUAACCAGAUGGUAUCGAGCUCCUGAGCUACUACUUAACACCUAUGAAUACACUGCAGCCAUAGAUAUUUGGUCUGUUGGAUGUAUUCUCAUGGAAAUUCUAAGGAGGGAGCCACUGUUCCCUGGUAAAGAUUAUGCGUAACAACUGGGGCUUAUAACCGAGGUACUUGAUCAUUGUCUUCCAAUUUUCUGCAUGAUGUUUGAAAUUAUGCAUUCAAACGCUGAGGUGAUGUGAGAUCCCACGUCGGUUGGAGAGGAGAACUAAACAUUCCUUAUAAG